CCAUUGAUCUACACCUGCCCAGACUACAGCCAGCCGUAAAUAUAGCACCCGAUGCCUGGGGUUGUCUUUCGGAGGCUUGCAUGCCCAGCACGCUAGGUAAAUAUCGCCCGUGUCAUACCUUGCUCAGGCGGAAUUAUAUCAAUAGGGAGAACCGCACAUGGCAUGCUCUUCACGAGUUAUCGCUUGCUCCCCUUACCCUCCCGUCAACUUCCUAGGGUGUUGAGACUCAUCAAUUGGAAGUCUUCACUUCCGUACAUUCGCUUUCCUAGCCGCCCUACGCUAUAAAAUCUUAAUAUGCGUGUUUCUACCCUAAUAGGCCUUGCGGCCGGACUCGCCUCCGAGGUAGUUUCCGCCGCCUGCAGCUCGGCCCUCAAGAUCGACGACUUCUCCAAGUAUGCGCAGCACCAGAACAGCUUGAACGAAUACACCAGCGAUGAUAGCUCUAUGACCUCAAUUUCGGCUAGCAGCGGUGUCCUAUCGUUCAAGCCCAAGUCUGGAGCCUACUUCUACGAGACCUUUCCCUGCCAGCUAGCCAGCAGCAAUGGAUACAACUCGGUUUCGUUCUCCGUAAAGGGCCCGGCUGGUGGAUCCUUCACACUGGAGAUCCAGUCCAAGACCUCCUGCUCGGUCUCAGCCUACACCUCCAAGUACACCCAGGUCACUGCUCUGACCGGUAACACCCAAACGAUCACCGUUCCCCUUUCUCAGUUUAGCGGCGCCAACGCCAAUGCUGUUAGCGGUUUCGUCUGGUCUGCGUUCUCUUCCAACACUGCGACGUGGCAGCUCAGCAACAUUGCCUUCGGUUGUGGCUCCUCGGGUGUCAGCUCUGCUGCUCCUUCCAGCUCCGCCGCUCCAUCAAGCUCGGUUGUUCGCUCCAGCUCGGUCGUCUCUUCUACCCGCCUUUCCACCUCAACUGUGGGCCCCUCAUCGACUGUUCCAUCAAGCUCGGUCUCUCCUUCGCGUUCCACCCUCGUGACUGUCACAUCGCCCUCGCCCUCUUCUGGAACUUGCUCUCCUCUCCUCAUCGAUGACUGGAUCUCGCAGUCUCGCCUGACUUUCCUGUUCUACAACGCACUCAACUACCCAACUUCUACUGAUGACACUGCUCAGUCCGUUACCGUGGGCAAGCCGUCCGCCAAUCAUGUUGAGAUUGCACCCAAAGCUGGCGGAGGUACAUACUUUUACAGCCAGUUCCCCUGCGUCAACGCAAAGAACAAGUACACCGGUAUCUCCCUCAGGAUCAAGGCCCCUAAAGACGCCAAGCUUUCUAUUCAGCUCGACUCUUCUGACACGUGCGAUCCCACUGUCGCCAAGUCAGUCGUUCAGACCAAGGCCGAUCUCGGCUGGACUUUUGAUGGCACGGAGAAGUUGUACCUUAUUCCCUUCUCCAAGUUCUCUGGCCUCAACAUUGAGAAGCUUACCACCAUUCUCUUCUCUGAUUUCUCUGCUACCGUCUCCUUUGGCCCACUGGCAUUUUACUGUGGCGCCACCGGCGAGUACAUAGUCCCAACGGCUCCCCAUGACCCUGAUGCCACUGCUACUGUUCCUGCUCCCAGCAACACCGCUGCCGCGCUUCUUGUAGUUGACAAGUUUGCCAACGCUGAUAGCAACGCACUCGGAAACUGGCACGGUGGAGAUGAGGGAAUGAAGCUCACUUACAGCGGCAGCAAGCUUACUAUUACCUCUUCCGAUGCAGACUACUCCUUCUACACUCAGGUAUCUGCCUCCUGCAGCGACUUCACCAAGUACAAGGGUUCCUACUUGCAUAUUGCCUACACUGGUAGUACUGCUUUUACUGUUGCUCUCCAGCAGCAUAAUAGCGCCUGCAACUCGGAAAUUGCGCCUUUCCCCGAGACCUGGGAUUCUGCUGAAGCUUCUCGGUAUGCCAAGAACGGUCAUAUUUACAUCCCGUUGAACCACUUCAACGUCGAGUUCUCCCGUGUUAUCGGCUUCGCUCUCAAAGGCUUCCACACCACUGAUCCUGUUACUCUGUCCGUCAUCGAGAUCGUUUCUUCGCUCCCUGCUGGUACCACUGUCCCCAAGAAGGACGAGACCGGCGACCUCAUUUUCGCUUGCAAACGUCCCAACUCUUUCGCCUUCGCCAUUGACGACGGCCAGCCAUCGCUCGCCCAGGAGGUACUCAAGAUCAUUCGUGAGGAGAACAUCAAGGUGACCUUCUUCACCGUCGGCGCCCCGCUCCUCGACCAGUCCACCAACCUCACCAACGUCUACAAGGAGAUGAUGGCCGCUGGCCAUCAGCUCGCUAUGCACUCGUUCACGCACCCGAAGAUGGAGGGCCUUCCCGACUACGCCGCCAUCGACUGGGAAUACAAUGAGGACGUCAAGGCCAUGAAGUCCCAAUUCAACGGUUUCACCACGCCCUACUUCCGCCCUCCCUUCGGUAACGAGGGUGCGCGCAUGCGCUCUCGCCUCGCCAAGGCCGUCGGUACCAAGCCGACCAUUGUCAACUGGUCCGUUGACGUAGAGGAUUGGUUGUGGGCUGAGACCAACACGCCUGAGCAGCAGAAGGUUGCGUUCCAGCGUGACGUUAACAAGGGCGGCAACCUCGUUGUGUUGCAUUACUUGUACCCGUCCACGGUCAGCUAUCUCAAGGAGUUCAUUACGAUUGCGAAGGCGACUGGCAAGCAGCUUAUGCGUGUCGAUCAGUGCAUGAUGGAUCCUAAUGCUCCGCCUCUAUAGAUGAUGCAUCUGUUGGUCUGAUGAGGGUGACGGGGUGAUGAAGUUGUUGAUAUUUAAAAGAUGACCUAGCUGUAGGGUUUAUACACAUAGGCUUAAUUGUAUCUCUAAUACUAGUCAAGAAAUUACCAUACUUGAGGAAUUGCUGCAUCUAAUCACUAAUAGUAUCGGAUUUAACGCAGUAGGCUACCAGCCUUUUUGCUGCAUACAGUCCUACUAUGAAAUGCAAUGUUAGUUGCCUCGAGUUCUGCGACGUCGGCGU